AUGUGUCGAAAAAGCAAAAAAGAUUUUGAGAAAGGUUUGGCGAUUUUCAUUAAUGAUAAACAUGAUCCAGAAGCAAGAAAAGAUUUCAUCAAACAAAUCUGCUCAUUACUACCGAAUGUUGAUGAAUGUAAAAAUCCACCCACAACGAUACCAGUGGCUGUAACUGUAUAUUAUGAAGCAUUGAAUCCAAUUUCAUACAAUUAUUUCCAUCAACAGUUAUGUCCAUACUAUCAUGUUCUGGAUGAUAUUAUUGAAUUAGAAUUGAUACCAUUUGGUAAUACCAUCAUAAUCGAUGACACAAAUAUGAUUACCAAUAGUUCCAGUGGAAAAAAACGACAAGAUUUUAGUAAUCGAUUUCAGGCAUUGGUCGUUGAUAGAUAUAUUAACAAUGAACAUAAUGGUGAUUUGAUUAGCGGUCCAAAUCGUGUAUUGAAUUUUCUUGAUUGUUUAAUUGGUAAAAAAAUUGGCAAUGAAUAUGAUCAUCUUGAAGAAUGUACAAAUGUAAAACUUAAUAAUGAAUAUAUUGAAUUUCUUGAAGAAAUCAAAAUGAACGGUGAAAAAAUGCAGAAAAUCUUUCGAGAUUUUUCAACACGUACAAAAAAAAUAAUGAAUACUGCGAAUUCGGAAAAUCUUCCAUUAAUCACAGUGAAUGAUAAUGAUAAAAUUAAUGUCAAUGCAUUCAAUGAUCUUGUUCAGGAAGUUUGUGAUAAAUUUAAUUCUCCCAAAAAACCGGCAAUCUGUACCAAAGUUCCGAUGACCAUAUUCUAUGAAGCAUCACAUCAGCCAUCACGUCGAUUUUUUCUCGAUCAUUUAAGGCCAAUAUUUCAGAAUCUAUAUAAUUUGAUUGAUUUCAGUUUCAAACCAACUGGACGAGCUAAAUCAAAUAAUAAUUCAAUAACAUGUCCAGGUGGCCCGGAUCAAUGUGAAAUGAUGAAAAUUCAUGCAUGUGCCAUUGAUCAUUAUUGGAAUGAUGGUGCCAAUUUUACCGAUCAUAAUCGCCAACAUGUGUUUGAUUUUAUCUGGUGUACGAUGAAAAAUAUACGUUCAAUAGAAAAACCGUACGAUCUUGGAGAAAUAUGUGCUAAUAAAUACCUUGAUGGAUUUGAACAAUGGUUAAAUAUUGAUCUCUGUGCCAAAUCUGAAGAAUCAAUAGUUUUGUUAACGCAAUGGAUUGCCGAAACACAUUCAAGUGGAAUUGAAAAUAUUUCUCUGGUCCCGAUUGUAAUUUUUAAUCAUGCCACAAAUAAUCAACAAAUUCUACUCGAUAAUGAACAGGUUAAAAAAGAAAUCUGUAACCAUUUUGAUGAUUAUCAUCAACCAGAUUAUUGUACAAUGGAUGAAUCAAAUCCAGUGAAUGUUGAUGUUUAUUAUGAUUCAAAUAAUGAAUUGGCUAAACAUUUUUUCAUUACACAAUUGAAUCAUACUCAUGUUUUCAUUGAAGAAAUUGCCAAUGUUUUUCUUCAUCCAAUUGGUAAUACAGAAAAUUUAGUGGAUGCAACCAAUGGAAAUUGUCAUGAUUCAAAUAGUUCAAUUUGUUUGGCAAACGCAAUACAUGCAUCCGUAAUUGAUAAAUAUGAAUCACCAAAUCAAUUAGAUAUAAUUGAUGAACGUUUACGUAUAACGAAUUUUAUCGCCUGUUUUGUUUCACAUCCACAAUGGCCAAAUAAUGUUCAAUUAAUUGGUGAUGAAUGUGCUAAAAGUCAAUUAAAUGGUGACAAAUUGCCCGAAAUCAAUGGUGAAUCAUUGAAAAAAGCGUUGGAAAAAACAACUGAAUUGAAGAAAAAAUUAUCAAAAACUGAAAUAACAAUACCUUGGAUUACAUUGAAUAAUAAUGUAGAAAAUAAUCAUGAAGCUAUUGAAGAUCUAUUGCAGGCAGUUUGUACAAAAUAUAAUGGCCAUAAACCAGAUGAAUGUAGUACAGCUACAGUCGAUAUUUAUUAUUCAUCAUAUGCAUCGGAUUCAAGAAAAUUUUUCAUUGAACAAUUAAUACCUACGUUUCGUCAUAUUCGUGAAAGAAUUCGAUUGAAUCUUUAUCCAUAUGGUCCGGCAGAUAAAAACAAAACCGUUGAAGAUGAAUGCGAAAAUGAUGCUGAACGUUGUGAGGCAAAUAAAAUUCAUGCAUGUGUUUUGAAUCGAUAUUGGAACCAAGAAGAAUUGGUCGACAGUCAAACUGCUCUUUGGGAUAGUAAAAAUCAAACAUUAUCGUUUAUUCAUUGUUUUUUUAAAAAAAUUGGCAAUGAUAUCACUUUGACGGAAUUGAUGCAACAAUGUGAAAAUGAAUUUCUUCCUAUCGCUGAUCAAAUAAAUAGCUGUGUAAUGAAUGAAACCGAAAGUCUUGGCUAUUUGAGAAAUAUACGUCAAAAAACAAUUGAUGUUGUCGGAACAAUGACAGAUAAUAUUGCUGUUAUUGUUAAUGGUGAACAAAUGUCGUUAGCAGAAUCAAAUUUACAGACUUCAAUCUGUAAUGAAUUAUUGGGAGAAAAACCAUUGGCAUGUCAUCGUGAUAAACCAUCAAAAGUUCAAAUACAAUUUCAUUAUUCAGCAUUUGAUUUUGAAGUGGCAAAUUUCAUAAAAAUUAAUAAAUUUUAUGAAAAUUAUUUUCAUUUAGAAGAAAUUGCUGAUAUUCAAAUAAUUCCAUAUGGCAAAUCAUCCAUUGAUGAUCAUAAAUUAAAUUGUCCCGGUGAAGUUGAAUGUCUAGCUACUAGGAUUCAUGCCUGUGUUGUGGAUACAUUUAGCAACAAUAGUACACAUGCUGCAAUCGAUGGACAACUUCAAGUUAUCAAAUUUAUUGAUUGUUAUUUUUCGAAAUUUGUUCCAAAUUUAGAUUUUGCAUCAAUAGCUGAAGGAUGUGUUGAAUCAAUAUUUCAUACAGAUAGUUGGUCGUCGAUUCUGAAUUGUGCAAAAUCAAAUCAAUCUAUUGAUUCAUUGAAAGAAUAUAACGAUAAAUUUGUUUCCAAAUUAUUACCAAAAAUUGCUUAUGUUCCAUGGAUAACAAUACAGAAUCAUCAUUCCUAUGAUGCUGAAAAUCAUUUUAUUCGUACUAUUUGUGAUUCAUAUGAUGGACUAGAGAAGCCCAGUGAAUGUUAUCAAAAGUUCACGGAUAAACCUUCGAUUGUAGUAUUUUAUGAAGCGAAAAAUCCACGAUCAAGAAACGUUUUCAUAACACAAUUUGAUCGUAAUCGAACAAAAAUCGAUACUUCGAUCUCUACACUUCUGCCAAUUCCUAUAUAUCAUCUGGACAUUGAUAACAAAACUGAAUGCAUUAAUGAUGUUGAAUGCCUACAAACAUUUCAACAUGGGUGCAUCAUUUUUUAUCAUCAAAAUCAAAUGGAAAAAUUAAUCGAUUUUCUUAACUGUCAUUUUGGACAAAAAUUCACUGAAAUAAAUUCAACUGAAACUUGUUUCAAUGAAAUAUUUGAUGAAUCAUCAUGGAAUAUAAUCGAAGAAUGUGUUAAUAAUAUGAAAGAAAUUUUAAAGAAAAAUAUGAAAAUACUCAUAAAUAUUUAUAAACCAGUUGCCAGUCUACCGUUUAUUCAGAUUGAUGGCGUAAUCAAAGAAGAUGAACUAAAUCUAAUGACGCAUAUUUGUUCCAUGUACUAUUCGGAUGAUAAACCGAAACAAUGCCAAUUAGACCGAAAAUCGAUUGGAAUUUUCUAUCAAACUCUCGAAAAAUCUGUAGAAAAAUUUGCCACAAAACAACUUUCUUAUCAAUCAGAAUAUUUGGAUGAAUUUGGUGAAUUUAAUUUCUAUCCAUACGGCAAAACCGUAAGAAAAAAUGAUGGAUACGAAUGUCCAUCUGGCAAUCAACAAUGUUCCGAAAAUAAGAUUCAUGCUUGUAUUUUGGAUAAAUAUUACAAUAAUAGUAAAUUUUUCGAUACGAUGCGUAUUAAAUCAGCCAAUUUUUUGGUCUGUUCACUUGAUGAAUCUGUUGAGACCGAUAAUUCAACAUUGAUUCAAUCAUGUUUUAAUCAAUAUUUUUCGGGUGAAUCAUGGAACCAUAUUGUUGAAUGUUCAAAUGGAUCUAGGGGCGAAGAACUAUAUGAUGAAUUGGCCAUUAAAACUGAGUCUGGAAAUUUUGGCGAUAAAUUAUUACCAUGGAUCACUUUGAAUAAACAAUAUUCCGAAAAAGCAGUGAAAAAUUUAUUUGCUACAAUUUGCGAUGAUUAUGGGUUGAUCAAAAAUCCUCGAUGUUCAUCAAUAUCAAAUGCAAUGGCUACCGAUUUGCGAAUAUAUUUUUCCUGUGAUCAAUCUGGAAGGGAUUUUAUUAUUAAUAAUUUGAAGCCAUUUUAUUCGUAUUUAUCUAUGAACAAACAUCAAAAAGAAGAAACAUCAUUAUUUGAUGAAGUUGAAAAUCAGUUGAAAUUAAAAUCACUAUUGAAGAUUACUUUGGUGCCAUAUGGCAAUACCAUUGACAAUAAUGAUUCGUUUAGUUGUCCAUCUGAUGAAGAAUGUUUCGCUAAUCGUUAUAUAGCCUGUGCAAAUCACUAUCAUAGUUCAGAAUUUGAUGGCUAUUCACAUUUGGUUGAAUUUACAUUAUGUUUUUUCAAUCAUGGAAAUUAUUCAAACAAUAUCGUCUUUGCUGCCCAACAAUGUUCUUAUCAAACUUGGUAUUAUUAUUCGUAUGAUUUAUAUAAAGCAUUGAAUAUCUGCGCUGAUAGUAAUGAAACAUCAUACUUGGAUAUAUUUCGCGAAAUGAAACAUCAAACUGAAUCGAUCCAGCCAAAAUUAGAUCAUUUUCCAUCGAUAACGAUUGGCACGAAAGUUGAAACGGAAACCAAUAUAAUGAAAAUUGCUUGUACAUCAUAUAAUGGAAUCGAUUAUCCGCGUGAAUGUGAUCAAUACCUAGAUGAUAAAUCUGAUUCUGAUUCUAAACCAUUUCCAAUAUGGGCUAUUAUUUUGAUUGUGAUUGCCGUGCUAAUUGUUAUUGGUUUACUAUUCGUUUGUAUACGACGAAAUCGUUGAGGAUUUAAAUGAACUACAAAAAAAAUAGAACAUUAAUUACGGUCAUUCAUUGAAAUCAUCAUCAUUCUAUAUAUCCGCGCCAACACACUAUAUUCAAAAUGGUUCGAUUUGUAUUAAUGAAAAAAUUUUAUUUAUAUUUUUUUGCAAAAUAAAAAUUACUCCAGAUCAUUAUUGAUAAAAAA